UAUCUUACAUCACCAUGCAAACCAUUCCUUAGCGCUGUACGGGUGGAGAGAACAAGGGAACGCGGAUGCGAGUCGGGAAAAUCUUAUUUCUAUUACUGCAUUACCUUACGGGGUAGUAAGUAGUAGUGGAGUAUCCAGUAACUGUACAGUGUACACAAAUACCUGUCGCCCGCCUUGCGUACACAAAUCACAAAUAACCUACUACCUUACCUAAAUAUGUAGCUGCAUUAUUCGAUUAUGGAGGGAGGGAAGGAUGGAGGGAGUUAAUGUUCGAAUAUCAAUCAAUUAAUAAUCAACCCCCCCCUCCCCCCCUUCCUUUCUUUUGCCCCAUGCUUCCCAAUGCAAUCCAAUCCGCCACCAACAAGUUAACAACUGGUUUUCUCUCCCCUCACCUACCAUACCAUACCUUACCGUACCUACUGUACCAUCCGCUUAUCAACCCUGAACAAUUAUGCAUUACCCUAUGGAGGGGUCAAUUGAUGUGCUUGCUUUUAUCGGAUUUGCAAUAUCCCCCCCCCCUUCUCUUUUCUUUUUCUCGUUUGAGUUUCUUUACAGAUCAAUCUGUCCCAGACUUAAUCUUCAAAAACCUGUGGUACAAGAGAACCUCGAGCUUUUCCCAUUAUUCUGCUAUUAUUACCUACCUACCUACCCACCUAUUGAAGACGGGAACCCCAUCACCCCCCGCCUCCCGCCUCCUCCCGCCCCCGGGUUCUCUUCUCUCCCCCCUUCUCCUCUCUCGCCUCUUUUAAGGAAAGCAAAG